AGACUGGUUCCCGGAUCUUUGGUUAUCCUUUCAAAUUGCAUUGUAUUCUGGGCGGGAACCAGUCUUUUCUCUUUCGCGCGUGUUUGCAUUCCACACCAUUUCCCAGGGCAUCUAGCUAGCUGGGGAAACAGCGUCCUUUUGAGGUGGACGAUCUUUUGGCACGCUGGCUUGAAUUUUGUGAACAGUGUUGUGCUUGUUUGCGAAUCAAUUGCUCGACCUGUUUACAAUGGAAGCUGAAUAAUCAAACUUUCUAUCUUGCCAUCAGUGUUCAUCCAGAUUUUUCGUGUUGUCCUGCGGACCAGUCCCUAGUCCUCUACUCGUCAUGUGACUUCAAGGCAAUCCAGUGAAGCUCUCCUAAAAAAGGCCAUCCCUGACUUCAGGAGUUCAUAGUGUCACCACUUAUGAUUAACUAAUAUCACCAUGACUUCGGUGUUACUUCAGUGAACAGCUACCGGUACAUGUACUGCGGGAUUCAAACAUCCCAGGGCUCUGUGCAAAGAAGAUAUUUCAGUCUUCAACAGAUUCUUCUAAGGAACAAUGGAUGAAGCAGACUGUUGCAGCUUGCCCAAGGGUCUCCGCCCAGCGAUGGGUCUCGGAGGCAGUGGAGAUGAGGGUUUUAAGACAGGGAAGCACGCUCCGGAGGAAAUCUUUCGGGAUGGGACUGCGCAGAAGGGUCCGUGGUCAGCAUUGCCAUACCCAGCAGCUGGAGAGCCACUGGAUUGCAGACUAGCAAAUGGUGCAUCGCGUGAGAAUGAAUCUUAUGAUGAGAGAGACUUAAAUGGACGCGAAUGGUCGCAUACUCCUGGAGCUGUUGACCAGUGCAAUGAUGCCUUCACUUUGGAAUCGUUUCAAACUGGGGAAUCUGUGAAGAGCCAGAAUCAUGACCAUUUGGACAGUGGCUGCCACCAUCUAAUGACAGAACCUACCCCGGCCGACAGAUAUGACCGUAAUACUUGUGAAAUGACAAGUCUGGCCGACUGUUCAGUACCUCCCCACGGCGACGGUAGCCGUGACGACGCAUCAAGCAGAGGAGUUGACGAAACCGACCAGGGCCAAGUCCUGCCAACGUUAAACUUGCCUGGAGUAAAUGCAGAGUAUUCACGGCAGCACCCAAGCAGCCAGUAUUAUGCCAAUCCAGAGGGUGGACUGCCGAAGUCUCCAAGAUUGGACGCAACAGUAACUGAGUCUUCAGGGCCCAGGAGUAACCGUCUACAAUCUGCAAUCGGUGAGGCCUUCAGAAAUAACGACGCCGUGUCGUCUCGUGCAAUAAGCCAUACUGGUGCAACGACUGCACAGGGUCACCUUCAGCCCAACAGUAAGCCAUCUCCAGAGUCCAGUCCGCAAGAGGUUGCCAAGAGGAAGGCGUCUCUUGCAGAAGAGAGAGGUGUAGAUGUAGAAAGCGUGAUGAAGAAGCAGAGAGUAUCUCCAACAGUCCAAUCAGAUGUGCAAUACAAUCAGAAUGUUUUAUCCAUGCCCAAGGAGUACAAAGUACGCGGCACAGGCAACUACAUCUUUGACUCUCCAAGCAACUGUACCUUCAACCUGUAUCAGAAUCAUUCUGGCAGUCAGUCCCAGAAGCAGCAUGCAUUUGAGUGGGCCGGCGUCGCUUCACAAACUGACAGUGGCUGUGAUGAAGGGGAUGUACCCGCCCAGGCCUUGGAAACGGUCGCUAAACUGGUCGCCAACACGACCAACUGGAAGACCUUCGCUCGUCGCCUGCCCAUGUCCGAGAACGGCAACUUGGAGUCGGACAUCAAGACGCUGGAAGACUGCCAAGGGACGACGAGCGACAAGACGGCAGCCGUGCUGAUGAGAUGGUGGAAGGAGCAUCCCAAGCAGGGGGAUGCAGUCGCCAUGAAGAUGCGGCUCAAGGAAGGUUUGGAGUGCUGCUCCCUGAUCAGGUUGGCUCGUACCCUUGACAAGUAUCUCUAGUGUCGUGGAAUUUUCUUUCCGGGAUUAGGAGAAGUAGCUUUUAAUAUUUGGGUUUUUGCCUUACACCAUGUAGUCAGUUUUGUCUGACUUCUUGCAAGAAAAAGAUUGUUAGCAAUUUCAGCACUAUGUAAGGAAGUGUACAGUCUGUGACAGAGCCAGUUAUUAACUGUCCUGUACCAGUUAGACCAUUCAAAACACCCCAAAAUCUGGGUGCAGGCAAAUUGGAGGGAAAAAAAUGCUGGACCUUUUGAAAUCCUCCAGAAUUUAUUGUUACUGCACUACCACACCUUUCAAUUCCUUCCAAAAGGUAUUGAAAUGCAA